AUGCCGAUCGAAAAAAAGAAGGCUUAUUUUGAUGGUCGAUUUGGAUUAACAUAUCUUUCAAUUGGAGCACGAAAAUCUCAUUCAAAGGAUAUAAUAAAAUCAGAUUAUUUGGAAUGUUUGAUGCUUGCUUACUGUAUCGAAGAUCAUCAAUGGCCUGACAUACCGGGGUUCCGUGCAAAAAUUCAGAAGUUUGAAGAAAAAUGUAAAUUUAUUGGAUUACAAGUUUUCAAGUCUCUGAGCCUUGCUAUGAAAUUGAAGAAUAAAGAUAAUUUUUUCAAAUCUCAUCUUUUGGUCAAUAGUGAAAAGAAUCCGUCUUUACUGAAAGUUCUUCAAUAUCCUCCUGUAAAUUCAAAAGAAGUUCGACCCAGCUUUGCUGUGCAUACUGAUUUCGGAUCUUUGAUGUUUUUAUUCAGCGAUGACUUGAGUGUACUCCAGAUGCAUCGCGUUGUGGUUCCUGAAGACAGAAAUAAAAGAUUGCAAUCUAGAAGAUCCAUGGCUUUUUUUUCAAAUAGACAAAGAAGUUAUGUUGGAUACAUAAGAAUUCGAAGAUGGUAG